AAGCUCCCAUCCUUACAUGGACGCCUAUUCAGGAUAUUAUUCGCGAAGACGUGUGUCCUCAGGAGACCUAGACCCUUCAUCUAGAAAAAUACAUCGAUCAUAUUAUGACAAUACUAAUAAAGAUGCGUCUACCCCAAGUAGAGCAAGUUCAAAAUCUCAUGUAACUCCAUUUUUCAAUUAUAAAGAUUCUAGGCAAGUGAUAUAAUAUAUUCUCCAUAAUGCCUGACACUUAUUUUCUUUAUAGCCCACAUAUGACAACAGCAGCAUCCACAAAUAUAGUAUCGCCUACCCUUUCGUCCUUUCAAUGCUCAUCCAUGUAUCAUCCAACGCAUGAACUUAAUUUUACGGAAGGUGCACAAUUUACAGCUACUGCUAAUACUACAACUACAACAACAAGUACUACUAGUCCUCCUAAUAAUACCCAUACUAAUACUAUAACAACAACUAAUACCAACAAGAACAAUACGCAAUCCAUGGCAUUUUCUCCUCAUAAAGAAGAUAACAUGUAUGCCCCUCAACUUACGCCGCAAUCUACUUCAUCAUGGUUUCAAUUACCAAAAUAUAACCUCUCUCCAAAGCUAUCUGACAGCACAUGCUAUUAUAGCCAUCACCACAGCCACAAUCAACAUAAAAAGUCUCCGCCAAAACAAACAGUCCAUGCAGAAUCUAUUCCCGGUUCUAAUAUACGCAACUUUAUAUCUUUCAAAACAAUAGAUAGUAUGCCAUUAGAAUCACAUCAUCCUCAGCAAGCUUAUUUUUCAUCCAGAGCAAGAUAAUAUUUAUUAAAAAUAAAGUGUUUCUACUAUUGU